AUGGCCUACCUAACACUCGCCGCCAUUUCGGCGUUCGUGUCCGUUGCCGCAUCUGCCGCCUUGCCAGUGCUCGUGACCGAAGUUUCCCACGAUGUCGUCUCACCCACGGUCACCGAACCCCCUUCCCCGACGGCGUGGGCCCGAGCCCUGCCGCCGAGACAGAACCAAGUCGUCACCAUGACGAUCGUGAACUCGAUGGGCGCAGCAGUUUCGACGUCGCAUCAAUUGGGCGGGGUGGCGCCCACAGUCAUUGCUGGGGGGACCGGCUCCGGCCCUAUGGCCGCAAACGAAACGGCCAUCCUCGCACUUCCGUCGGGCUACCAUGGCGGCAUCGCAGUCGGGAGGCCCGGCAAAAAACUUACGGACGCCGCUUCCUUGAUCGAGAGCAGCUUUGUGGACCUGUCGGGCCAGGGAAAACCGCAGGCGUACGCGGAUGUUAGCUUCGUGAAUGGCUUCAGUUUACCUAUGGUUUGCUCCUGUGACAAUACGGUCGUGACCGGCUGCAAUAUCGACAUGUUCGCAUUAAACACCUGCCAGGACGUGGAUGAUGGAGGAGCGUGCAUCAAUACUGCGCGGAGUGAUUCUUACGCAAAAGUCGACCCGCCGGAUUUCUUCGUGCCUUGCGAGCACGCGGCAUACACUUGGCCUAGCGAUGAUGCUGCAACGACGAACGGAGGUGACACUUGUAACAACGGCAUAACUUGCUGCAUUGGGACGUCUUGCGCUCCCAACCCGGCACAGGACCAGAACAGCAGCAGCAGUGCUGUCUCUGGGGGCGCGUCCUCAUAUAGCUCCUCUAGCAGCACGUAUUCGUAUGAACCCUCUGCCACCAACCCGGCCGCCGCUUACACGCCGACAACGUACACACCGGUCACCACAAGUACGGCCGCGGCGGGCAAUACGGCGGUCACUACGAGUACAGCCCCAGUGGGCAAUACGGCGGUCACGACCACGGUGAUGAGCACGGCCACGGCCACGGCCACUGCUACUGCAGACCCAGGCGAGUGUUGCCAGUGGGGUGGUGGCUUUGGCGGCCACCAUGGACCGCCAUAA